AUGGGAGGGAGAGUUGAUGAUUCUGGUUGUGGUUGUGGAGGAGAAGGGAAUAAAAGAGAAAACGAACGUGCAAGACAUCCAGAGAGGGGAAGGGGUGUUAUACAAAGAACCACAAAGAAUGAGAUGAGAAAUUCAACUUAUGAAAUGAUGAAAAUCGGAGAAGUCUUGAGGGAUUGUAAUUUUUCGUUCAAAAGUACAUACCGUGAAAAUUUCUAA